AUGUCGCGCAGCGAGUCUGGGAGCUUCAAGCCCGUCGAGGAGCCUCAGGCACAGGAUCUUCCUGGCUUGGAGAAGAACAUGAAGCCCACCAGUGAAGCAACCGCUCUCGAGGGCAAGCACGGCCACCAGGAAUACAUUGCCGCCGGCAAGCUCAAGGGCAACAAGGCCCUCAUCACAGGCGGAGACUCCGGCAUAGGCCGCUCCGUCGCCGUCCUCUUCGCCCGCGAAGGCUCCGACGUCACCAUAGUCUACCUCCCCGAAGAGCAGCCCGACGCCGAAGAGACAAAGAAGCUCGUCGAGCAGGAGGGCCGCAAGUGCCUCCUCGUCCCGGGCAACCUCAUGGACAACGAGACGUGCCGCAAGGCCGUCGAGCAGCACAUGCAGACCUUUGGCGCGCUGCACGUGCUCGUCAACAACGCCUCGAAACAGGUCAUGUGCGACGACAUUGCAAAGAUUGACCUGGACGUCGUGGAGAGCACCUUUAGGAGCAACAUCCUGCAGAUGUUUGCCAUGACAAAGUAUGCGGUGCCGCAUAUGGAGAAGGGUGCCUCCAUCAUCAACACAACCUCCACCGUCGCCUUCCGCGGCACAGCCGCCAUGGUCGACUACGCCUCCACAAAGGGCGCCAUCACCUCCUUCACCACGUCCCUCGCCAAGCAGCUCAUGCCAAAGGGCAUCCGCGUCAACGCCGUCGCCCCGGGCCCCGUCCACACGCCCCUCCAGCCGGCCUCGCGCCCCGCGGAGCAGAUGGAAGGGUUUGGCAAGAAGUCGGGCAUCGGCCGGCCGGGCCAGCCGAGCGAGAUUGCGCCCAGCUUCAUCUUUUUGGCGUCCAAGGACGCGGAGCUGUAUUACGGACAGGUCUUGCACGCGUAUCCUCUCGGUGACUAA